AUGCGGAAGCGAUUGGACAAGUACCUCGGCUUCACCAACGAUGACACUACGCUGUAUGAGAUGUCACUGCCGCUGAGGACGGCGGACGGGAGGACGAUUGAGAGCAUGUUCGUCAGCCCGCCGCACGAAGCCUUGCACCGCGAGAUCGAGGAGCAUGGCAUGCCUCAUCAAGUACCCGAGGAGUGGAUGCCCGCGUUCGAGCAGCACCCGUUCGUCAAGGGCAAGACGCUGGAUGAACGCGAUCGCAUGGUGCCGCUAGCAGUGUACAUGGACGCCGUGGAGUACAGCGACAAAGACAGCGUGCUGGUGUGCUCAAUCACGAACCUGCUCACGGGACGUAAGCACGUGGUGUUCGUGGCCAGGAAAUCGUCGUUGUGCGGCUGCGGGUGUGGCAACUGGUGCUCGCUGUACGUGCUGUUCAGGUUUGUUCAAUGGUCGUUGACUCACGCGUCCGAGGGCAUGUGGGCAUCGACACGACAUGAUGGCAGCCCGUUUACGUCUUGUAUGGACGAGUCGAGGCGCACGAUGAAGGGAAUGAGGUUGUGCUACACGGGCGUGGUGAUUGACUUGAACGGCGACUGGAUGGAAUUCACAAGCAGGUACGGCCUGCCGAGCUGGUCGUCCGCCACUGCGCCGUGCUUCAAGUGCAUGUGCACCCAGGAGAACUGGUACAAGGAGCCAGAGGAGACCGUGAAUGGAGUCAACUCGCACGAUGAGGACUUCUACGACAACGAGGCAAUCAGGCACGAGGUGUGGGUGACCAUCACCACGAUGGACCAGCUCAUGCAGGUGAGGCAUGCCCUGAGAAUGAGUCCUGCGCUGAAGGGCAGA